UUUUCUUGUUGUUGGUUUUUUUUUCCUUCCCUUUCUCGCUCGUCUGUAGUUUAUUUUAAUGGAUGGUUAAGAGGCAGAAAGCAGGAUGUUUGCGGGUCUUCCUGAGCUGGGAAUCUCCAACGGCGAGGACCUGAAAGAAACUCUGACCAACUGCACGGAGCCUCUGAAAGCCAUCGACCAGUUCCAGAUGGAAAAUGGUAUCUUGUUACCAACUCUCCAGUCGGCCCUUCCCUUCCUCGACCUUCACGGAACACCUCGGCUGGAGUUCCACCAGUCUGUCUUCGAUGAGCUUCGUGAAAAACUGAUGGAGCGAGUUGCCAUCAUUGCAGAGGGCAAAGAUGAGGACAGGUACGGGAAGCUGGAAGAGCUGCUGGAGAAGAGCUUUCCACUGGUUAAAAUGCCGUCCAUUCAGCCGGUGGUCAUGCAGGUGCUGAAACAUCUCCCCAAGGUGCCAGAAAAGAAACUAAAGAUGGUGAUGGCUGAUAAGGAGCUGUAUAAGGUGUGUGCAGUGGAGGUCAAACGGCAGAUCUGGCAGGACAACCAGGCUCUGUUUGGAGAUGAGGUGUCCCCGCUUCUCAAGCAGUACAUCGUUGAAAAGGAAGCCGCUCUGUUCAGCAGCGACCUCUCCAUCCUGCAUAAUUUCUUCAGCCCGUCCCCCAAAAUGCGACGCCAAGGCGAGGUGGUCCUGAAGCUGACACAGAUGAUUGGAAAGAACGUGAAGCUGUAUGACAUGGUGCUGCAGUUUUUACGAACACUUUUCCUACGAACCCGAAACGUCCACUAUUGCACACUGAGAGCAGAGCUGCUGAUGUCCCUUCAUGACCUGGACAUCAGUGAGAUCUGCUCUGUCGACCCGUGCCAUAAGUUCACCUGGUGUUUAGACGCCUGUAUCCGGGAACGCUUUGUGGAUGGAAAGCGAGCCAGAGAGCUGCAAGGUUUUCUGGAUGGAGUAAGGAAAGGACAAGAGCAAGUCCUCGGGGAUCUGUCCAUGAUCCUGUGUGACCCGUUUGCUUGUAACACCCUGGUCUUAAGCAUCAUCAGGAACUUACAGGAGCUCAUGAGCCAGGACGCUUUACCCAGGGAUAGUCCUGAUCUGAUGCUGCUUCUCAGGAUGCUGUCCCUCGGUCAGGGAGCCUGGGACAUGAUUGACAGCCAGGUCUUCAAAGAGCCUCAUUUAGAUCUGGAAGUAGUGACCCGCUUCCUGCCAGCAAUGAUGUCCGUGGUUGUGGAUGACCACACUUUCAAUGUCGAGCAGAAGCUUCCUAGUGAGGAGAAGAGCUCUCUGUCCUACCCCUCCACUCUGCCGGAAACCUUCACCAGGUUCCUGCAGGAGAACAGGGUGGCCUGUGAGAUGGGCCUAUACUAUGUUCUUCACAUUGCCAAGCUGAGGAACAAGAAUGCAUUACAAAGAUUGCUGUCUGCCCUUGUGGAGACCUACAAUGACAUGGCCUUUGGUGAUAUCUUCAUGCACCUCCUGACGGGACACCUAACCCUGCUCACUGACGAAUUCGCUUCUGAAGACUUUUGCUUGGUUGUUUUUGAUGGUUUCCUUCUGACUUCGUUUUCCAGUAAGGAGAAUGUCCACAGACACGCCCUGCGGAUGCUGCUGCAUCUUCACCACAAAGUGCUGCCGUCGUACAUGGAAACCUUGAUGAAGACACUGGAACCACCCAAACAGGUUAGUUUGUGA